UCCUCAGUUACUCGAGACGAUCGCACGACGUACGACGCAUUCCGCCUUUUGGCUAUUUUUGUGAUUAAUUUCGGAGAGCGGAGACGUGUUAUAAUAGAAUCCAUGUUCCAUUCUGUAACGUGAAUGCCUUAUAAUAAGGUCUAAAGAUUUAAAUGCGCGUGGAUAUUCAAUCUAUUCUGCCUUGUAAUAAAAGUGACCUUUGUGGUUUCUUCCAGAAAAAUAGGUCAAGUGCAUUGUUUGUGUAACAUAGUGACCCAAAAAGUAAUAAAAUCUAUAUCAAUGUGAAUAAAAAGUGCUGAAAACUGCCCACACAAAAACAUAUGCAAACGAAAAGUGCAGUUGACACAGUUUUAGAGCUACUGGGAGUGCCUAAGAAAACAGUUUGAGAGGUACUCUUAUUUUUUAGUAAAUUUGUGAUCACACUCGACCAAAAUGAGUCAGUGUCUACCAGUCAGCGCAAAGAUGUCGAAGGCAAAGAAAGUUUUGGAUGAAGCACGAGACACCCAAAAUCGGGAGUUGGAUCUGGUGGACAAGGGGCUAUCGUCCUUCGAGGAGUUGCCUGGAUUGUUCAACAUGUCCAACAUCACGCGACUGACCCUGUCCCACAACAAGAUCAGUGUGAUCAGUCCCGGAAUCGCGAACCUUCUGAAUUUGGAGAUCCUUAAUCUCUCCAACAACCAGCUGGCCGAACUGCCCGUUUCGCUGUCGUCCAUGCCCAAGCUGCGAAUCCUCAAUGUCUCCAUCAAUAAGCUAAUCAACCUGCCUCGGGGCUUUGGAGCCUUCCCCGUUCUGGAGGUGUUGGACCUUUCGUACAACAAUCUUAACGAACAGGUGCUGCCGGGCAACUUCUUCGGCAUGGAAACUCUGCGUGCCUUAUAUCUGGGUGAUAAUGACUUCGAGUAUAUACCGCCGGAGGUGGGCCAACUGAAGAAUCUCCAAAUUCUCGGUCUGCGAGACAACGAUCUACUAGAGCUUCCCCGAGAAGUUGGGGACUUGGUACGACUGCGGGAGCUGCAUAUUCAGAACAAUAGGCUGCAGGUCCUGCCACCGGAAAUUGCCCAACUGGACCUCCUGAGUAACAAGUCGGUGAUGAAGAUGGAGGAGAAUCCCUGGGUUAAUCCCAUUGCCGAGCAAUAUUUACUAGGCAUCAGUCAUGUAAUCGACUAUCUCAAAACGGAGACCUACAAAAUCAUCUACAAUCGUCAUACUCAGGCGGGACGCAGUGGACCACCGCCACCGAAAGCCGACAAGAGCAAGAAGACCUCUCGAAUACGCGCAUAGGUUUCUUGACCAGAAGCUCCCAUAAAAUAAUGUGUUCGGCUCGUUCGUUGUUAACCAAAACAGUUUUUGUAUACUAAUUUAUAAGUAUUUGUAAACUAAUGUGUAUUUUCGCAAAGUGCCUUGAUCCUUUUCUCACUAAUUAAAAUUAAAGAACUAAA